CGUCGCCAGGACGGCGAGCCACGGAUGUGGAGUGGAGCGGGGAGCGGGAUGUGUCUUCUGCUCGGGGCCACGGGUGUGGGGAAGACGCUGUUGGUGAAACGCUUGCAGAAGCUGAGCUCCCGGGAUGGGAAGGGCGACCUGGGCGAUCUUGCCCCCACGCGGCCCACGGUGGGUACCAACCUAACGGACAUCGUGGCUCAGAGAAGGAUCACCAUCCGGGAGCUGGGGGGGUGCAUGGGCCCCAUCUGGUCCAGUUACUAUGGAAACUGUCAUUCUCUCCUGUUCAUGGUGGACACCUCUAACCCUACCCAGCUCUCUGCAUCCUGUGUGCAGCUCCUGGCUCUCCUUUCGGCAGAACAACUUGCAGAAGCGUCAGUUCUGAUUCUCUUCAAUAAAAUUGACCUGCCCUGUUACAUGACCAUAGAAGAGAUAAAGUCGUUAAUCAGGCUCCCGGACCUCAUUGCUUGUGCCAAGCAGAACAUCACCACGGUAGAAAUCAGUGCCUGGAAAGGCACUGGCUUGUCAGAAGUGCUGCGCUGGCUCGAGGACACCCACAGAAUGAAUGGUUGACUGCAGGGCCGAGAAGCGUGGCUGGCCCGCUCUGUGGCAAGAAGGCAGAAGCAAGCACUGCUUGGCCUCUGGCCAUCUGCUGCUUUUAUAAGGGCAGGAUAAGCCCUAGAAGAUGGGGUUCUGUGCUGAGUUGCAGUGAUGGGUAAACUGAGGCACCCAGGUUAUAGAAUUCCUGACAUCUGCCCUCUGGCUCCAGAGCUGGGAGAGGAGGACAGGCCUUCCAGGUGGCUUGUGUCCUACACCAUCCUGGGAUGGUUCUAGGGGAUUUGUUCCCCUGCCCACCAGGAGAGCUGCUCUCUCAACUCUGACACAAGCUCCAACCUGUUGAGUUUCUGAUACCUUGACAGUAUAAGGAAGCUUGUGGGAAAACACCUAUUGCUUGGUGCAUUUGUGUCCUAGGGCUUCUGUAACAAAUCGAGCAGCAUAAACUUACGUUCACAGUGCUGGAAGCCAGAAGUGUGGAGGCUCUGAGCGAGAAUCCAUUCCCUGCUUCUAGUGGCUGCUCGUGCCGCUUGGUGUCGUUGGCUUGUGGCUCGCAGGACUUGAAUCUCUGCCUCUGUCUUCACGUGGUCUUCUCUCCUCUUUUUAUAAGGAGGAUGUAGGGCCCACCCUAAAUCCAAGGUGAUUCCAUCUCAAGAUCCACAGUUACAUGUGCAAAGAUCCUUCUUCCAAAGGUCACCUUUGCAUGUUCCGGGGGUUACAACUUGGACGUAUCUUUUGGGGACACUAUUAAACCUACUGCAGUCUGGUGCUCUGAGAAGCGGCUCUCGGUUGGAGUAAAUGUCCUCUGUGAAGAGAUCCUGGAGCUGGGCAGGUGAUCGUGAAGAGCCCUGAAAACAGUUUUCCCAAGACCUGCAGGACAGAGCAGCCGGUUUUGGGAGGUGGUGACUGGCUGGACGGCUCAGUCUGAGGCCAUGGAACGGUGCUCUGCAGUGCCCAUAACACCUGAACACGGGUGCAGCGGUGGUUUGGAGCCCUAGUGGGGACCGCUCUGUGACUGUGACCCUGGAGUGGGUGCUGGCCACCUGGAACCUGUCUUUUCCCUUCUGGGAUGAAGUGAGGUUCUGAGCAGAGGCUGUCUGGGACCUGAGAAUCUGGUGAGGGGCUGGGCACUCUCCCUGGAGAACAUGCCACCUGCACAUACUCCCCGUUCGCCCAGGUUACAGGGUGAGCUUCUGAACGCUGGGGUCCUGCUAGGCCCCCCAACACCACCCCGCAAGGUUGGCUAUCAGAGGGGCCCAUCCAUCCUCAGUGUCCCCGUUCUCAGAAUUGCCUACAGAGCUUGGCAGCAUGGUGGCUGGACGGCCCCAGAGCUGCUGACGUGGCCUGGGUGCUGCUGGGGCCUCGCCACCUGCCCUGGUGGCUCCUGGACUUGGCCAUGCUCUGGCUAGCCCCAGCCCUCCUUUCCUUCUGCCAAGCCUCCCACAGGGCCUCCUCUCCCCCCCUUCCGUGCCUUCCAAUCCCCACAAGCCCCUGCUCAGUGUUUCCAUCAGGUUGUCCCCCACCCCACUCUGGUCAGCUGCGGGUAGAGAGCUCCAGGUCAGCCAGGGCUUCAGUUUCCACCAGGCCUUGCUUCAAACUGCUUAUGUGCCAGAAAUGGCACGUAAAUUCCACCUUCCAUGUCCUCCACUGAGGGUGCUGGGGAUUGUGCCAGAGAGCAGGAAAAAAACAAAACGGCUCAGGAAGAGGCACAGGUCGGGGGAGAGACGGACCUGGGAUUUCCAGGUCCCUGCUACGAGCAAAGGCCACAAAUUUCAGGAGAGACAGUUCUGAACGGCCCCAUCCAGUGAUGGAAAUGCCCACUGGCACUUGGAAAAGCCAUUGAGCCUGCAUCUCCGGGUUUCCAAGUAUGGACUCCAACCAUGGAGUGAGUGACACCUGGGAAUAAUGUGCUGCUCAGAUCUGCUGGGUUUUAUUAUCAAGAAAAAAGGGUGUUUCAACUAGGGAAGGAGACUGCCUUCCUCUGUGGCUCCUAAGCUGACAUGCAGAACACGCCACCCUGAAUGACAGUCUGAUGUGCAAACCAGCAGGCCACCUGUUAGCGCACCUUAUAAACUGGUGUGUCUGGUGGAGCGGACACACCUGCCCCUGCUGUUGGGCUCCUCUGCUGUUCUUGGUCUGGGCCUAGUGAGUGCCGGGAUCUAAAAGAAGGAGCAGCAGAGCUAAGUGGCCCUAAGAGGGAGGAGCUCUGUUGCCACACACACACCCCCCCCCCGAAGCUGGGGCAAGUACUCCAUCCAGCGGGAGGGAAAGCAGCAGCCGUGGUACUUGCCUGCACAGCCCACUGUGGACCCCCAAAUUCCAUGGGGAUGCCACAGGGCCCUCUGAACUCAGUACUGACAUCUCAAAAGUGCUGAUGAAAAAAAAAAAAAGGGCUUCCCUGGUGGCGCAGUGGUUGAGAGUCCGCCUGCUGAUGCAGGGGACGCAGGUUCGUGUCCCGGUCCGGGAAGA